GCACCAAGUCUGAAAAAUGAAGAUAAAGGUACUGUGGGGCGGACUCAGCAUCCUGCGGAUAGCUUGGUGCCUUGUUCCACAGUUUGGGUACCUGCAUCCAGAUGAGUUCUUCCAAUCACCAGAAGUCAUGGCUGGGGAUAUCCUAGAUCUGGACAUCACUCGCCCAUGGGAAUUUCUUCCUGGCUCCCCCUGCAGGACAGUGGUUAUUCCUUUGUUGACAUCUGGCACCAUCUUCUGGAUUCUUGGAGUACUACAACAAAUGGGCAUUGUCACAACUUAUUGCAGCUACCUUUUAUUAGUUCUUCCACGUCUUUUAAUAACACUGUUUUCAUUCCUUCUGGACUUAAGUAUUUAUAAUAUAGCACCUAACUGGGGGUCUGACCGAUGGAAAGCUAUGGUGCUCCUAGCUGGAUCUUAUGUCACCCUUGUUUUUUACACAAGAACACUUAGCAACGCAGUGGAAGGUAUUUUAUUUGCAUUGUUUCUUCUUCUCACAUCUACUGGAAGCUCUAACCGUAACAAAACCCUGUGGACAGCCAGAACUAACCAUCUACUUGGCAUUAUUCUGGCAGCUGGAUUUUUUAACAGGCCCACUUUUCUUGGCUUUUCUUUCAUGCCGUUUCUUUACUGGACACAACAUGAUAGUACAUCUCAAUUUUCCUUCAGAUCAGUUUUUAUAAAGGUGCUAAAACUAUUGCCCUGUGCAGUACCCACUGCAUUAGUCUUCAUAUUGGCAGACACAUUAUAUUAUAGAGGACACCACCUAUUUUCUUUUAACAGUACAAAAACCUUCAGAGAAUAUUUAAGACAAAACAUAGUAUUAACACCUCUUAACUUCCUGCGUUACAAUCUUAAUCCACAAAAUCUUGCCCAACAUGGAGCACAUCUUCCUUUUACACAUUUGGUAGUAAAUGGCAUCAUGCUUUUUGGGGUGCUCCAUAUUUCUGUUGUAUUAUCCGGCAUAAAGCUAUUGAUAAGAAGAAUUUCCCAGCUAUUAUUCAAAGGUUAUUAUAGGAGCUCCGAAACCAAAAAGGCAUUUUUUUCUCGACAAACCAGUUCAUCAUUGUUACUAUUUUAUUUUGUCCCUUUAGCGCUUUUAUCACUAUUCAGUCAUCAAGAACCACGCUUCCUUAUUCCACUGAUAAUUCCUCUUGUCUUGUUUGCUGCCAAUUACAAUAUAGUAAUAAAUAGGAUUUAUGCAAUUGUGUUAUAUAAUAUGUUAGGGGCCUUUUUCUUUGGCUGCCUACACCAAGCUGGAUUAGUGCCCAGUUUAUUUCACAUACAGAAAACUCUAGGAUCUCAUUUCCUCCCCGGGACCUCGUUAGCUCAUCACACACUCCUCUUUACACACACAUACAUGCCUCCUAAGUAUUUGCUUUGCCUAAAGAAAGAGCAAAACUCUGUUGAUGUUAUUGAUCUUGCUGGCUUUAAUAAAGAUCAGCUGUGCCAAAAACUAAGAGACACAAAGGACAAAGUAUCAAACAUAAGUAAGCAAUUAUUAGAAGAGAAAACACAUUAUUUUUUAGUUAUAUUUCCUGGAACCCUUGUAACAACUAUUGAUAAGUGUGGGUUAAGUUAUACAAAUGUGACUGUAUUGUUUCCACAUUUAUCAAUGGAAGAUCCUCCAGAGGUAUCUGAUUUACUCAGUGGCAAUUUGACAACUCAGUUAGGAUUAUACAUAAUUGAUGUAAAUGUGCACAGGUGAAGGUAAAGCAGUUAGGCAAAUUACACAGAUCUAAAGGGACAUAACAUUUUUUUUUUAUAAAAUCAAUCAUUUAAAAGUACAUUAGUUUUUAUGGCUAAGAGCAAUACUGUUAGGCACUUAACCCAUUUAACACUCCCUGUGCUAAAGCAAUUUGUUUGUCAUUUGCAAUAGUUACAUUUAAGCAACAAUAUUAAUCAUUUCACAUAUAAAACAUAUGGGUCUAGAUUAGAAGUGGAGUAGCGCAUGGUGUUAUCUUUUGCGCAACCUUGCAGAAAGAAUAACGCACAAUCUGGUAUUACAAGUGGAUGGUUAUAUAUUUUAACCAAAGCAUCUUAAGGUGGCCUCACAUUUUUAGCAUUGCCUAUCAUUUUGAUGGAUAUCUCAGGGGGUGAUAUUAGCGAGCACAAUGUGCUCGUAUUACUAGUGGUGAGUUCAUUGUUUAGCUAAAGUGCAAUCCAAAAUCCAGCUGCGAAAUGUAGUACUUUUUAAGACCUGAAGUAAGCCGUAAUUAUUAAUAGCACUUAACUACAUGCACAACACCAGCACUUCUGACUUAGCUCACCCUAGGCUUAGUGCUCAAGCAAUAACCAACAUGAAUUUUACUGUGUGCGCCCAUAGAGGUGCAUUAUGUGAGGGAUUUAGCGCAUUCUGUGUUAUGUAACAUGCGGAUGAUAACGGGUCUUAGACUGCUGCUCAAGCACUAAAAAGUCUGUUUAUAUGAGUGCAAAAAUAGAAGUUUUUGAUUGCGCUCAAGCAAUGUUAACACACAACAGUGCUAAUAUUUCUGUGCUCCACUUGUAACCAAGGCCACACUGUUUUAUUUAUCUGAUCAAAACUUUUAUCAAAUAAGCUUAGUCUGUAAAAAUACCCAAAUACGGCACCAUAUGGAAAUUGUGUACUUUUAUAACAUUUUAAAUUAGUAAUUAAAUAUUUGAAGAUACAUUGUUACCAUAAAAGUAUUAAAUAUAUUACUGCAGUGAAUUUAGAUUUCCUAAAAAGUUUAAAAUGUUUACAUGUUCUUACCACGCUGCAAACGCAGAGCUAGAUUACAAGUGUCGUGCAAUAAAAGAAUAUCGUAGUCACAUUAAUUUGCGCGCGUAUUACAAGUUGAAAGUAAACUUAGGGGCGACUGAAGACCUUGUUUAAAGGGUUAGAUAUAAAAAAAAGUUGCACCAAACACAAUAUAAAUACAUUAAAAUAUACAGUUACACUCAAACAAUAUCUGAUAAAAAUUAUUCACAUAAAUAUUAAUAAAAAUAUGUUGUAAGGGUUCAAAAGUAUAUGGCCAUGUAUUUGACCACAAAAAGCUAUAAUAUAUGUAUAUAUAUAUAUAUAUAUAUAUAUAUACACAUGAUCACAGAAAGAUCCCGUGAGCAGCGCUCACCGUCAGUCCUAUACGGAAUAAGACACCGACACAAUGGAGCGUGGGCGGGGACACACCCCCUUAUUGCUGUGAUGCAAUAGGCUGCCUCUUCGGGCGGAACUGCCAGAUACGCCCACAAACAAACGUAGGAAUCACACACAGUAAAGAUAAGCGCACUAUUGCCGUUAUCACAGAUACUCCUCUGAAUGGGUAAAUCCAAUAACAGACUCCAGGCAAACUCCAUGCAGGAUAAGGUAAAAACGUAACAAAAUUUUAUUUCAGUAAAAGCGAAUGCCAGCUGCAUCCACACAUAAGAGCCAGCAGAAACAACAGUCAGGUGUAAGGGCCGGUCUCCACGCAGACGCGUUUCAUGCCCAUGCGCACUUGUUCACUGCUUACCUGGAGACCGGUCCAGCACACUUUUAUGGCUAUAUGAUUAGAAAGUUAAAAACACCUGACAAUACAUGGAUCGAGAGAAAGAAAACCCCUCCUACUUGAGUCAUAAUUGACAGCUGUGGAAGGCACAUAUCAUAAGAGACACAAAAGUAACAUAUAUGUGCUCUUCUAUAUAUGUGCUGGACCAGUCUCCAGUAAGCAGUGAAAAAGAGUUACCAUAGAAAUCGGCUGGGAGGAGAGUGAUCACGCUGUUGCCAGCAAAGAACACAGUGUCUUGCGCAUUGGAAGUAUAUCUAAUUAAACCAUUAAGUAAACGUUAAAAACAUUCUGAGUUCUCACCAAUAUAAACAUUAAAACAUUUCAACAUGGGAGGGUAUAAAUUCCUCUAGUAUGGUGCACUAAUUGGCAGUUCCAGUUUAGUAUAAAAAAAUAAUUAGCAUCCACCAGAUAAAAAAACAAGUUGAUCAGAGAGGACUGUGUAGUUAGGGAAAUACAAUAAAAAUAAAACAUUUCUCUCUAAUCUCUGAGUAUUAACUAAAGCACAGACCAUCAUAUCGCUGCCUGCCCGGCACUCACUGCCUCUCAUUCUCUGUAACACACAGAGCACAGCAUGGAUGAGAGGCAGUGAGUGCCGGGUAUGAACAGCUGUUAGCUGUAAUUGCAGGAGCGCGCAGGGACGAGACUAGACUCGAGAAAAGGAUCCUGUACUAGUAGUGCAAGCUUUUGGAAGACGUCAGAGA